CCCUGUCACAGGAGGAGAGGAGUCAUGAGGCUGUGGCUGUGGGCUUGGGUGUGGGUGUGGCUGCUGGGGCUGGGGGCCAUAGAAACAGCACCCAGCCCACAGAGGGCCAACACCUUGACCCGGGGAGCAGAGUCUGUGCUCUUCCUGGACAGACCUGACUUCUUUGAUUACCCAGACUCAGACCAAGCCAGGCUCCUGGCCGUGGCCCGGUUUAUUGGAGAGAAACCCGUCAUCUUCGUUAACUCAGGAUACAACUCUGAGUUCUUCUAUCACAUCCUAGUGGGUGCUCUGGUAGUGGCCUUCCUCUUCCUCCUUUUCCAGUUCUGCACACACAUGAGCUGCCAAAAAGGGGCCUAAGGAGCCGGACAAGGGCCUUGCACUCUGCCCUGAGUGCCCAAACCUGCCCUCCUUUCCCGCUGAUGAAUAAAAGUCUGCUUUUUUCUUCCCUGA